GAAUUUUUUGCUUUAUCGGCAACGGCAGCAGCAACAAUAAAAUUCAUAUUGAACUACACCCAAAAGCCAACGGCGGCAACAACAACAACAAUAACGGCGCAACGGCGGCUGUGCGGCUGACUUGGCCGACAGCUCACCAACAGCAGCAGCAACAACAACAACAACAACAACAACAACCAAAGCCGUCGUCUACCUUUUUCGUGCCUUUUCAAGUGUUUUUCAUAGCUGCGCUGCGCCCCCCCGCUCAGCAGAGCAUAGAGCCAGCGAGCGAGCGAGAGGGAAAGAGAGAGGGAGAGAGAGAGAGUUAGUGUGUGCGAGUGAGAGCGCGUAUCUGGUUUGGCGCUGUAUUCAGUCUCGGCUUCGACCAGUUUCAGCUCCCUGAUAUGAACCAGCUGUGUCUGCCUGGGCCCGCAAUACAUGCACAGACACACACACACGCACACACAUAUAUGUAUAUAUAUAUAUGUAUAUCGUCGACAGAGUAUGCAAUUUUGUGCCAUCCCAUUGCAGGCUGCCCAAGGCAAUGAUUGACUAGACCCGUGGAAGACGAGGCCACGACGCUUUCGAGAUGCACGAGCUGUUUACAAAAGUGCUCGCCAAGCGCGAUCUGUCCCGAGCCGGGGACUUGUUCUCGGUGCCCGAUGCGGACAUUGUCAAUGACAUAACGGAGGUGCUGUCCGAAAUCAAUCCCAUCAUCUCGCAUGCGGACUACGUGAAGAACAACAAUGAUCAGAGCGUGGUGGAGAUCUGUGUCACACGGGUCCUCUCCUGCAUACGGGAGACACGCAGCGCCGAACGUUAUUGCGCAGCUCUGGUGGAUCUGUUGAAGACGUGUCUGCUGUGGAAUCUACAGCCGGUGGCUGCCACCAAGGAGGAGCCGCCACAUGCCAAGAUCGCCGCAGACAUUGUAUCUAGCAUAUUUUUAAACUAUGAUAAGAAAGAACUGAUGAAAAUUGCGCUGCCCAUUGCCGUGCAGUUCCUGCCCAAGGGCAACAAGGAGCUGUCGCGGAAUUUAGCCAGCUACCUGUCCCUGGCCGCCAUCGACUAUGCCUAUUUGCUGAUAGACUUCAUGGAUCCCAUCAUGGAUUCCAUACUCUCCGGCAAUUAUGGCCUGCUGCGCGUGCUCUCCCAGGUGUACGAGGUGUCCCCGGAGACGGUGACGCCGCACGCGCCGCUGCUCAUUCCACUGCUGCCCCAAUGCGACGCCCAGGAGCGCAUGGCAGUCUUUCAGCUCUAUUUGCUGAUUGUGCAGAAGUCGCCGGCAGUGCUGGAGUCGUGUGUGCCGCAGCUAUGUGACUUCCUCCAAGACAGCGACACCUCCAACAUCACCAUGCAAAUCCUACUCAAGCUGGCGCAGCAUGCUCCUCACCUGCUGGUCGAGCACUUCGAUCAGCUGCGUCUGGCUGCAAAGACUAAUCCCAGCACCGUAACGCUGUGCGCCCAGAUACUGACCACGUCCGGCAUUGGCAGCAAGGAGACGGCGCAACAGGCACUGGACUUUGUGCUCGAGCAUCUGCCCACCCAGGCGCUGCUGCAGCAGGAGGCGACGCGACUCUGCUCCGCCUAUCCCGUGCUCUUCACGGACAAGGUGCUCGCCUGUGUGCGUCAGAAGAAUGCGGCGCUCAGCUCCCAGCAUGACGUGGGCAAUGCCGCGGGCAACAAGAUCUCUGGCGGUGUCACCAUUGUAAGCCUCAACAGCAGCACCAGUCCCAGCUCCAGCCCCAGCGCCAGCACCAGCACACAGAUCAAGCCAGCUCCUACUGCUACGCCCGCCAGCAGCAGCUCCAACAUUGUGCCGCAGCCGAACGCGGUUAACGCCACGCUCGCCACGCCCAGUGCGGCGCCCGCGCCGGUGGCCACCUCAACGCCAGCGGCUGUGCCCGUUGCCACGGCCACGCCCACACCUCCGCAUACGGGCUACACGCGACGCGUUAAGCUGGGCGACUCCCGCAGCACUGGACGCCUGCAUCCCGCGAGCAAUACACACAGAAGCGUCACCCGGCUCAACGUGGCCAGCGGCUCCGUUGGAGGUCUGCACAAGAGCAUGACGCGUCUGAGCAACUCACAAAUCAAUCAACAGCCUGGCGGCAGCUCCAAUAGCAACGUUGUGGUUCAGACGGGCGCCAUGCCCAAGACGCCGACGUCGCCAAGUAAUCCGCCCGUGACGCCGGUGCCGCCGCUAAGCAACGAUGUGAUCAUCACCGGGCACAAUAAGCACGGCAUACCGGUGACCUCGGGCGGUGUCACAGUCACCACGUCGCCGUCCAAGGUGCGUCCGCAUUCGCAGGGACCCUCUACGCUGCUCAACUCCAGCACGGUGCUGAUGAAAUACAGCACAGAUGCACUGAAUCAAUCCGUCGGCUCCAUAUCCAUACCGCAAUCCGUGGCAGCCUCGACAGCAGCAGCAGCUGCUGCGGCGGCGGCGAGUGCUGCGAACGCAGUCUCCGUGCAUCAUGCAUCGCCAGCUGUGCCGCAAUCCUCCAGCAAUGGCAAUGCCAAGUCCGUCAUGAAGCUACCCGUAAAUGGCAAUAGCGAGGUGAUCGUCUCGGGUCCCACAACCACCACCAAUGUGGCGCCGCGGCGCAGCGACAACACCAGCCGCACCCUGCUGAAUGCCAACAGCGUGAUGGAUCAGCGCAUGAGCACCUUCGAGCCAUAUCAGAUAAUGCGUGAUCCCGUGCAGCAGUUCUGCGAGAAGAACUUUAUCUCGAUCAAGUCAUACAUGGACGAGGUGUCGCAGCACCUACCGCCACCGACGCGCUGCAGCAUUGAGGUUUCCAAUGAAUUUGCAGAGCGCCGGAAGAAGGUGGCCAAGCUGCAUUUCGCCUGCCAGAUACGUGGACCUCAUUGCCUAUACUCCAAGACGUGCUUUACGAUGCGCACACGCAAUCCCAAGACCUGGAUACACAUGAUAUUCCUUGACUUUCAAGUGCGACACUUUGUCAAGGAGAAAUGUGUGCUCAGCACUCGAGAGCCGGGCAUCAGCAACCUGAAGAAUAUCUGGCAGAUACUCAAGUGCGAGAAUCGCAGCUUCACCGAGCUGGUCACCAGUCAGUUUCCCCAGGUCAAGGACCGCGAGAUACUUGUGAAUGAGCUGCGUCAUUCGGGCUUUCUGGAUGUGUUCGAGGUGUCCAAGACGGACAAGUCCAAUCCCAAUUGCAAUGAGCUGGAGUAUCAGUGGGGCUGCUUUCUGUGCAAUCAUCCGGACAAGGCGGUGGGCUUUCUGAACGGCAGCAAUCAGCCCAUGAUUGAGGGUCAGCUGAAGGAGAAGAAGGGCAAGUGGCGACUAUUUAGGCGCUGGCGCACACGCUACUUUACGCUCUCGGGCGCACAUCUGUCCUGCAAGGGAUCCAGCGGCGGCGAGAGCAUCGAUGUGAAUCAAAUACGCUCCGUUAAGGUUUCACGCGGCGCACGCAACAUACCGAAGGCCUUUGAGAUCUUCACGGCCGAUCAGACCCUAAUACUCAAGCCCAAGGAUGGCAAAAACGCCGAGGAAUGGGUGCAGUGCCUCAGCAUUGUGGUCGCCCACUCGCAGGCGCGCGACAAUCCCACGGUGAAGACAAACAGCCUGCCCGCACGCAGCAUUGGCAGCAGCAAACCCUCCUUUUAGCUGGCAAGGAAUCCCCAGCCCU